AUGGGUGGCGACUCGCGACAAGCGUUGGCCGAGGCGAGCGAUUCCCGCAAGCGGCUGCCGCUGCCGCCGCCACCGCCACCUACCGUUGCGAAUGCCGCUCCACUCAAAGUAAUAGUUGCUGAGGAAGGGCAUAUAAAAGAUGCUGAUGUCGUGAACAUUUCAAACAAUAAACUGAAUGCGGGCAGGUGGGUAAAGACAAAUGGAGCCUCUACACGACGCAAGUCAACACCAAAAGUGGCGCAAACCCGGGUUACUAUUGGCAUGCGUUUGAAGCGGUGGAUUAUCACGGGUAGAAUAGGCGCUGGUUCCUUUGGCGAAACAUUUACGGCAAUAGAAGAACCUAGAGGCCGCAGUGAUGGCGAUGAGGAAGGUGAAACGGACGACAUUCUGGCGCUUUCUCAUAGCAGCUUAACCUCCCCCAAUCUAGUGGAGGUGUGUAUUAAGGUAGAACAGGAAAAUAAAAAUGUCCUUCGAAUUGAGGCGGCAGCCUUAAAAAAGAUACAGCCCUGUCCUCAGGUGGUGCGAUACCUGGGAAGUGGAAAUACGGGAGGUAUGAACUUUUUAGUGAUGGAGCGACUGGGGCCAAAUCUGGCAGAGUUGCGCCGUAAUACACCUCUUGGCACCUUUACCCACUUCACGACUCUCAAGUUGGGUAUAUCAUGCCUCCGGGCAAUACGAGGUGUGCAUCAAAUGGGCCUCGUCCACCGUGACAUUAAACCCUCCAACUUUGUUAUGGGCUUGGGUGGAACGUCAGAUCCGCGGACCUGCUAUCUUAUAGACUUUGGCUUAGCUCGUCGAUAUCGUCGUGUCAACGGGGAUGUACGCCCACCGCGUGAAAAUGCCGGUUUCCGUGGGACAAGCCGGUACGCUUCACUAGCCUCGCAUCGUCAGCAAGAGCUUGGCCGUGUAGAUGAUAUAUGGAGCCUCUUGUUUAUGCUUGUUGAAUUCGCCACUGGAAGUUUGCCCUGGCGCAAGUAUAAGGAGAAGGAAGAAAUUGGUCGCUGCAAGGAAGAAAUGAUUGGGCCUGGACUAGUUCAAAAUUUGCCUCGUGAAUUUCGUCAAUUUUUAGCGCAUUUACAGACGUUGCAGUACGAGGAUGAGCCGGGUUAUGAUUUUCUGCUUUCCCUCUUGGAACGCGCGAUCGAACGCCGCGGCUACCCACCGGACAAAAAAUUUGACUGGGAACACGAGGAUGACACAGUCUAUCAGAUACAUUUUCAUGAUAAGAGAAGCGUCACCAGGGAACUGGUUAGGGAGAAUGACGCUGCGGUUGAUAAUUGUGCCGGCGACAGGGAAAAUUAUUUUCCCCAGCCUAUAAGUUUUCGAUAUGCUUCUCAAAAGCCUCUGGAUGUAACCUCCGUUCCUGCGCCUGAAGCAGUUAAUAUAAAUAAAUCUCGUUCUGCUCCCGCGGCACGUUUGAUGCCUCCCUCACCGCGAACGGAAGAAGAGGCAGAAGAGCAAAGUCGUGUAGGCGCCAGUGACGUGAAUGUUUCCGUCGGGAUUUAUAGAACCUGCGAUUGUGACAACGGUAACCGCGCUCUGCAGGGAGCGGGGACAUUGCCAUGGAAUGCUUCCAGUGCCACGCCUAACCCUCGACUUGCGACUAUUGCUUCUGAGAAUAAGAAUGAGCGCGACGGUGCGGAGCAUUCAAGAGGGUGCGAUGCGAAGGAAGAACAUGAUAAGUUGGAGGUACUCGACCUUGAGGAUGGGUUCUCGCCACGCGAGAGGGUGUCUCCUACGAUACACGGUGAUAAAAUAGAUAAGGAUGCCCUUCUAGGAGACUCGCCGCUCAGGAAUACAGCAGUAGGUGAUCAUUCAACACGGUUAACUUCCCCCAGACAACACGAACAAAAAGAACAAGAACAACAACAACAUCAACAGGAGCAUAAUCCUCAUGAAAUGACGACUACGAAGAGAGUGUCCUUUGCUAGAGAUGUAGACGUAGCUGAAGACGACGCAGCAGCCUCUCCUAGACGCGGAACAAGUGAACCAAAGAAGAAAAAGAAGCGUGUAAGUUGUGAAUGCAAUUUUAUGUGA